AUGACGCCCCAGAGUCUGGAUACUCUUCCGUUUGAUAUCUUCUAUCAAAUCGCCACGUCGCUGGACGACCGCGAUUUUAUCAAUCUCAGCCGCACUACCCGCGCCCUGCGUGCACUAACGCAAAGUGAGCAGAUCGCCCGCAAAACCGUCGAGAAUGAGUUACUGUACAGCAAAGAAGGUCAGGCUGCUGUGGCGGCCCAGUCGGGCUACCGCAAGGCGGUCGGUCAUCGCUUUGAUAUCCACGAGGCUGUCGCCAUGGCAAAUCCCUACUCUGUCGCUACACUAGGCUAUGCGGCCGACUUUCUUUAUAACCAGGGCAUUCUUUGCUAUCGAUGGCAGGAGGAGAUUCGUCUCCUGGAUGUGCAUGGGGAUAAGCAUGCGGAACGCGUGAUAUACCUCCCAGCUAUCCAUGACCGAUUCCAUGUCAGCUCGAUCAAUGUGUCGCCGGGUAGUCGGAUCACACUGGUCGCUUAUAGUGAUGAAAUUCUUGUUUUUCGAGAGACUGGUGUGAGUAUGACCGAAGAUAUCCUGUGGGCGAUUAAUACAGAACGGGCUUCGCUGAGCGGGAUCGACCGCAAGCUGUUGUCGCAACCCAUUCCGGCUGGUGCUCCUCUAUUUGUACGUCAUAAUCGAUCUUACAUCUGGUUUGGCACGUUCAUGGCUGCCGAUGGCUCGGAUGGAGUAUGGUCGGUGACAGGCUGGGAUUUCCUCACUAAACUCCAUUUUGGGUUCCAGCUGGAUCGAGUUGUCGACGGGGACCUGGGACAAACAUUGUGUUUUGAGAUAUAUCAAGACCAUCUCUACGCGGUAUCAACGCAAGUUGCGUCAGAUGACAACGAGCUACAUUCCUCGUUCUACCAUUGGUCCUGUCAUGCUCCCCGUGAAGCUGGCCGCACAUGGAAUGGUCGCUUCUGGCGCCGUGAGCAUGGAGAAGGCCCUAUCAACGAAAUGUGGACCGAUCUUUCGAUCCGCACGGAUGAAGUGACUGGACGACCGAUGAUUUUAGAAUGUCGUCGGGAAUGGCGACACGGAGGGAGUGAAAAUCACCGCACCUACUAUACACAACGACUACCCACCCCCGAAGAUGCUUUGGCUCCUUUGUCGGAGGGUGCAGUUGAAACUCCGUCCUGGGUUUCCCUUGACGAUAACCUUGAUGACGAUCACCCCUACGACGAGCGCCCUGCCAAGCGGUUACGUCGCAACUAUCACGCCGAGUAUGAGAACGGCUCCGAUGAAAAGAAACGACAAGAAUUCAUUGCCGUUCGGACAAAGCACCGCAACUAUCAUCUUGGUUCAUCCACAUUUCUUGAUUUAGUCAACGACCCAGCUCCCAUUGGCGGCAGUGUGCGGUCUCGAGACCGACUCCGCCUCCGCACAGUAUCACGGAAGCGCAAAUCCCCCAUUGACGAAAAAGGCACCGAGGGCCCUUGCAAUAAGUUGUUCCAGCCGAUACAGUUUGACCAAGAUGGUCGACCAGUCGAAGAUUCCGAGGAACGCUUCGCAUGUCGCGGUGUGCACCUAUGGCCCUCAGACAACGCUCCGCCUGCGCUACACCAUCUUCUCUGUCCAGACGCACGCACUUCAUUCGUAAAGGGGAUCUCAGAUGAGCGUUCCCUUAUCUAUUCUGUCCCUGCCCCUGGACUACCAGCGGAUCACCACGCUCUCAUUCUCAUCAGUUUCGAUCCCCAACUCUAUCUCCCUACUCUUCAACCCCUUUCCCCCGACGAAGAGGCUGAUUCACGAGACAUCUUCCAUGUGAAACCUCAGUCACCAAAUUACUAUGGCAAGGAUGCUAUACAAGAAGCGCAGCCUUUCUUUCUUCCCAUCCGACGUGGCUACUGGCUACGUUGA